GAUUGCGGCGAAAAUACAUACUGUUGUAGUGUCUGUGAGAAAGCGACAUAUCACAGGAGUAAUAUAUCAUCUCAAUUUCCUUUCUGUUUCGCUCAAAUUUUCGCCAAUUUAUACUCAAUUCGGUCUCCUAAUACCCUAACCCUAGCCCCCCACUCUUCCGCGAGUUUGAUAGCAUCUCAAUUAAGCGAUGGCUGCUAAACCAUUGACUGAUGAAGCAAUUGCUCUAACUGAGAAGAAAAUGGAUAUGGCACUAGAUGAUAUCAUUAAAAUGUCGAAGACUAAUUCUGUAAAGCCUAAGAAACAAAGAGUUUCUAAUCGGGGUCAGAAAUUAGUUUCCAAUGCUGGUCAAGAUAGAUUUGUAAAAGGCCGGAACUUUUUGGAUACACGAUCAUCCCUUAGACAAGGAGCUCUUGCUCGAAGGAGGUCAAACUUUCAGGGAAAUCAGUUUCUGGCAUCAUCCGAGGCUGCUAGAAAGGCUGCUGUUGCUCCUAUUCGCAAUAGGGAUUUUAACCAACGCAGGACAUUCAAUGUGAAUAAACCGAGGUAAUUUGUGUUCUCAACUAUGCAUGUGGUUGUGCCUCCUGUACUUUCAAAGUUCUGUUGGUUCGGUACUUCUGAAUUUCAAAUUGAUGCAAGGAGGAUGCAUGCAUAGAAACUAGAAAGUCUGAAGUUGCCAUAUGGUUUGUGUUGAAGCCAAACAGAAACGCCUUACUUAAGCGGAACAUAAAUUGAUUAACCGUUAACUGAGCUAGUCAAGGCACUUCUGAUUUCUAUUGUGAUGCAUAUAUUUGGUUUGGUAAUCCAAGUAAAGUCAAAUAUCAAGCACCACUGUUACCUUUGUGAUUUUGUGAAGUUAUAAAGUCUUAGCUCAGCGUUGGUUUUGACAAUUCUCCUGUUUAAUUGGUGCUGUCUCUUGGGCGAAUCUCUGAAUUGAAGGGUUUUGAUUA